UAAAUCGGCCCCGGUUCCACCGUCCAACCGGAAUAUUAAGUGUAGCCGACUCCUCCCCGGCCUCCACUUUCUCGGCUGCGUCGCCGCCGUCUGCGGCCUCAUCCAGACUGUAUACACGAGAUCCCGGCUAAGAAAACCCCGCCAACCAGUUCUGGCACGCCCGAGGAACUCCGACUACCAUAUCGCUGGAGAUCCCAUACUCCUACGGAAACGACUCCCGCACCGAAAGUGGCACCGGCGGUUAUACCAUCUUCGCCGGCUUCCUCUGGGUCUUUUCAAAGAAGAGGACUACCCAACCCUCCACCUCCGGCUUCUUGCCGCCUAGGUCGAGCUCAUGCGGAGGCUCCGCUUGUGAGGGAUUGAUGAUUAUUCUUCAUUCUAGCUGUGGAUCUUCUUAGCCGAAGUUGACGCGUAACCAGAGUAUUCUCGACAAAUAGUAGAUGACGUACUUGGAGUACGUCGUGAGACCGAGCUGGAGCAAAGUGAACAGCGGGCUGCCCAAGAUGAACAAGUUCGAGGUGUUGAAAAUGGUACCAAUCAUGCAGCAUUUCCUCUUUGUAUUUGGAACGAAAUGCCAGAUCUAAAUUAGAGUUUCUUGGGGACCUUGGUCAUGUUUGUAGGGCAACUCCAAGAUCUCCUUGCGAAGCCUGUCUGGCUAACAAGCAAAACUAAGCUUUGCAUGUGCCAGAGAACAACUCGACAGUCACUCCAAUUUGUCUUUUCUCGAAGCUGCCAGUGUUGCUAGAUGGAUUUGGAGUUUUAUAUUGCAGGCAGAAUAUUUGAUGGGGUUCCUGUCUUUUGGUCGAAUCCACUGUAAUUGUUCAGAUCACCAUUUCAGAUCCCUGAGGCCCGUUCUCAGGCAGCCUUGCUUGGUGGAUUCUGCACCUGGGGAUCUGUGACUCUCUUGGGGCUUUGCUCUUCUUUCAUUGUGUCAGGGACAGGCAUGUAUAGUAACAUCAAAUCUCAGUUCAGUUUCAGUGGUGGGAAUCACUGCUGCUGUUUGGUGACUUGAGCACAGCUUCUUGACAGAGCAACAGAGGUAGAUCAUCAAUACAUUUACACCGGAGGAACGCAGUCGAAGUUAAUACCUUCUCGGAUUGGUAUGCCCAAGCGAAUGCUUGCUGAAGCUGGUUAAGGUCACUGGCAACUUUUUUAUGUCGUGUUCUUUUCCUCCGAGCCUUUUACUUCCUCGCAAUAAAUUUACCUUUGCAAGGUUGUGCUCCAGCUGCCUCAAUGCACUUGCUGAAGCUGGUUGAGGCCACUUGCAACAUAUUUUAUGUUGUGUUCUUUUCCCCCGAGCCUUUACUUCCUUGCAAUAAAUUUAACAUUGCAGAAUUGUGCUCCAGCUGCCUCAAUGCACUAGCGUGAUUUGCUGAACUGGAGCCGUUGUUCGAUCAAUAUGGUCCUCAGUUACCAUCUCUAAUGUCAUUCUGAAUGCUGAUAAAGCUUUGCCAGAGACAGGGGAGGUACUUCUGCAUCUGUCAGCAGUGGUCCACUUCAAUUUGAUAGGUCUUGGCUUCAUCAACAUGGAUCAAUCGAAAUUUUCAUCGACACUGUAUGGCUUAAUUUUUCACAAUAUAAUAACUAAGCAAAUUGUUUGUACAGGGAUAUAGCCUCCUCUGCUGCGUCGACAGACAUGGCCGAGGGCGAGGACGGCGAAGAGAGGGCAUGGGAGGAGCUCUUCCCUGAUGCUCUGGGCCUCAUCUUCCGCAACCUCUCUCUUCAGGAAAUCCUCACCGUCAUUCCCAGGGUAUGCAAAUCUUGGGGGCGAGCGGUGUCGGGGCCCUACUGCUGGCAGGAGAUCGACAUCGAGGAAUGGAGCCAGCGGUGCAAGCCGGAGCAACUGGACCAAAUGCUUCACAUGCUGAUUGCUCGAAGCUCUGGCUCCGUCCGCAGGCUCAGCGUCUCUGGCCUCCACACCGAAUCCAUGUUCUCCUUCAUCGCAGACCAUGCUGGAUCUCUUCAGAGGUUGGAGCUUCCAAGAAGUGAAAUAAGUGACUCGAUUGUAGAAAUCAUUGCUCCAAGACUAUCAAAUAUAACUUUCUUGGAUGUCAGCUACUGCAGAAAGAUAGGUGCCCGUGCCAUUGAAGCAUUUGGAAAGCACUGCAAAUCUCUCGUUUCCCUGCGGCGAAGGAUGCAUCCAUUAGAGGUUGCGGACAAGGUCUGUCAAGACGAUGAGGCAUAUGCCAUUGCCAGAUCGAUGCCCAAGUUGCACCACUUGGAGAUGGCAUACCUGCUUUUGACAACACGAGGGGUACUCGAGAUCCUCUCACGUUGCAGGGAUCUUGAGUACUUGGACCUAAGGGGCUGUUGGGAAGUGAAGCUAGAUGAUAAGUACUUGAAGGAGUGGCAUUCUGGUUUGAAGGUAUUAGGGCCAGACAUUAUAGACUGCUACGAGCAGAAUUGCUGGGACGAGUGCUCAGACUACUCGGAUUCUUCAGUAUACUCUUGGGAGUUCAUGGAAGACGGGGAAGAUGUCUACGAGGGGGUAAGUGAUAAUGAUAGCAUUUGGGAGGCUGAGCAAGGAUUGGAGGGUUUGGAAGUAAGGUUCUAUGGCGGUGGCUUUACCGAUGCAGUCACUGGGUUCGAUUGGCCUCCCUCUCCAUGAGCAUAAUUGGUCACCGGGUUCGAUCGGAACAACCGCCACGUUUGGGCUUCUCCAAAAUGACUGAAAUCUGUGACAUAAUGAUCAAAGAAAAUCCAUCAGAUCCUUGUUUUGAAUGUCAAAAGAUAUGCAUGUAGAGGCAAACAUGAGUUGUCUAUAUGACCAUGUCAGUCUCUUCUUCUUACUCAUAAGGAGCUAUAUAGUAUGAAAGUAGCUGUGCCGCUGAAUGAAAAUAUUCAUAAAGAUGAUUCUAGCUUAUCUGAUGGACUAAGUCGCCUGCAUCAAGCUGUGACAAUAAUUUGGAUUUUUUUUUCUUUUUUCUGAAAGCCACAUAACCUGUCUUGAACAAAAUAUCUGUUCAUCCUUACCAUCUGUUUAUUCUGGGUGUAGAGCAGUUAAGACAUUGAGGUCUGUUGCUUGAAUAGCUCUUUUUUGCGGUUCAGAUCUACAUAAAGUUGCAGUCAAAUUCAGUA